UCCUACAUCCGGGGAUGCGGAGCUGUAUCCUCUUCUUACUCUCUCUCUCUCUCUCUCCCUCUCUCUCUCCAUCUCCAUCAUCCUCUCCUCCGCCUGCAUCCUCCCAUCCUGCAGAUAAACAGACAGACAGACAGGCAGACAGACAGGUGGAUCUCCUCCGGCUGCAGUGAUGUCGUCCCCCUCCCCCCCCCUCUCUGACCUGUCCCGUCUCUACCAGACUGAGUUUGUGCGUAGCGCCCGUGCCGUCGGCGUCCUCUGGGCCGUGUGCACGCUCUGCUUCGCCAUCAUCCAGGUGGUGGUCCUGGUGCAGCCGUCCUGGAUCGGUACCGGAGCCACCCGCCACACGGGUCUGGGCCCGGUCCCGCCCAGCGGCACCCUGGGACUGUUUGAGGUGUGUGUGGAGUCCGACUGGCCGGUCCCGGACUGUCGUGGUGGUCUGUCCAGUCUGUCCCCUCUGCCGUCCUUCCAGUCGGUGGCGGUGCUGGUCGGGGUGUCUCUGUGGGCCGUGUGGACCAGCGUCCUCUGUCUCUGUCUCUUCAGGUUCUGCAGCGCUGCCACCGUCUACAAGAUCUGCGCCUGGCUGCAGCUCACUGCAGGUUUCUGUCUGGCGUUGGCUUGUCUUCUGUUUCCAGACUCGUGGGAGAGUCCAGAGAUGAGAGCUCUGUGUGGAAACUCUGUGGGCAGUUUCUCUCCAGGUAACUGUUCGGUCCACUGGGCCUACAUCCUGGCCAUUCUGGGCAUUUUGGACGCCGCCAUCUUGGCCACGUUGGCCUUCGUCCUCGCCAACAGACAGGACGCCCUGCUGCCGCCGGACGCCAAGGACGUGACAGCAGGUCUGCUGAUGUCGGCGUAGAGUCACCAGGCGCAGUUGGUGGUCACACGAUGAAGAAAAGGAGCAUUGAGAGAAUAUUUUGAUCCCAUACAGUAUGUCCAUAUUAACAUCAGUAAAGUAUUAGAAGCAGGGGUGUCAAACAUGCAGCCCAUGGGCCAGAACCAGUCCUCUCAAAGGGUCCAAUCAGACCCACAGGAACCUAGGGGUUAAUAACAUGUGUGUACCGAGUCAAGCGUUCUCUGGGAUAUGUUGUCAUGCUAAUUGAAUGUGACCAGUUUUAGCUCAAACCGCUAAUUAGCUUACAACACUAGUAGUCAGGGCAGAGAAUACAUCUCUAUUGCUAUACCACUAACAAGCCUCAAAAUAUCACCACACACACACACACACACACACAUACACAU